AUGAGUUACUUCCUGUCUUAUUGCAAAGCUCAUGGCAGCGCGCUGCUCACUGGCUAUCAGGCCCUAAGAGCCGAGGGCUUCUUGUGCGAUGUGACCCUGGAGGCCGAGGGCAGUGAGUUCCCGGCGCACCGCUCGCUCCUGGCCUGCUCCAGUGACUAUUUCAAAGCCCUGUUCAAGAGCCACACCCGGGAAUCCCAAGCACGCGUGAUCCACCUGCGCGUGCCAUCCGCGGCCGGCCUGCAGCGCCUACUGGACUUCAUUUACACUGCCUGGCUGCCGCUGUCCAUGGAUACUGUGGAGGACACCCUGGAGGCGGCCAGCUACCUCCAAGUCACCGAAGCCUUGGGGCUGUGUGGCCGCUACCUGGAGCGCCAAUUGGCCCCGGAGAAUUGCUGCUUCACGGCCAACGUGGCGGCGCGCUUCGGCCUGGCGCACACGCUGGGUGCAGCCGAGAGCUGUGUUGUGCGCCACUUGCGUGAGCUGCUGGGGAUGGGCGUGGGGGCCUCGGGACUGCUGGAACUCAAUGCUGCCUCCCUGAAAGCCGUAUUGGGGGCCCCCAAUGUGGCACGGGUGUCUGAGGUCUGGCUGCUAGGCCUAGCCCUGGCUUGGCUGCGGCAGGAGCCCGCAGCUGAGCGUUUGGCGUACAGCGCCGAGCUUCUGGAACGGAUCCGCUUUGGCCUGGUGCCUGCGGACGUGCUGCGGCGCGUGUACUCGGGCUCUGGCCUCAAGCUACCAGCCCGGGUCAAGGGCCUCAUCAUCCAGGCCCUCAACUACCACACGGCGCCUUCCCGCCAGCCGCUCGUGCAGGGCGAGCAGACCAGCAUCCGGAAUGCUCAGACCCGCAUCUUGUUGGUCGGAGGGCGCAGGGCUCAGGAGGUGAUUACAGAGGAGGUGGUGGUUGCUAGGCCAGCCGUCAGAGACCGGCGAGCGGCCGCUGAAGCUGAGGAGGAAGAGGAAGAGGAAGAAGAGAUGGAGGAGGAAGAGAAGGAGUGGGAGCUCACCCAGGAUGUGGUGUCCUUCGACGUGUACAAUCACCGCUGGCGCAGCCUCACUCGGCUCCCUGCCCCGCUGCUAGGGCACUGCGUGUGCACAGCAGGGAACUUCCUGUUUGUCCUGGGAGGGGAGAGCACUUCCGGCAGCGCUGCUACUCCCCUGGAGGAGGGCCCCCGGGCAAUCACAGCCCAAGUGCACCGUUAUGACCCACGCUUCCACACGUGGACAGUGCUGCCUGCCAUGGGAGAAGCCAGGGCCUACUUCUGGUGCGGUGUUGUAGGUGAGAGUCUCCUGGCAAUCGGGGGCCUGGGCACUAAUGGCGAAGCGCUGGCCUCGGUGGAGAUGUAUGAUCUGCGAAGGGACCGCUGGACGGCAACUGCAGCGCUGCCAAGGGCACUUCACGGCCAUGCAGGGGCCGUCGGGGCCCAAGGUGUCAUUUACAUAUCUGGGGGCAAAGCAGGGAGAGGUGACAGUGGAGCCAGUAGCCUCCGGGACUUGUAUGUCUUGGGCCCUGGGGAGAAGGCCUGGAGCAAGAGAGCACCCAUGAGCACAGCCCGCUUUGGGCACCACCUGGCUGUGCUGCGAGGCGCAGUGUUUGCCUUUCUAGGACGAUUUGAGCCCUUCUCUGAGAUUGAGCGCUAUGACCCUGGCACAGACCAGUGGACUCGCUUACGGCCUCUACCCUAUGAUCGUUUCUGCUAUGGGCUGGCUGUGGUGGAGGAAACAGCACUGCUGCUGGGUGGUCUCAAGUGGAGGGGGUCGCGCCAAGUGCCUACCCGUAAUGUGGUGGGCUAUGACCUGGACCUGGACCACUGGGAGGACAUCAAUUGUGCACUACCUUGGGCUUGGAGCGGCCUGCAGUGUGCUGUGCUGCAACUGGCGGAGGGCUGGAACGAAGAGAGGGAAGAAGACCUUGGAGAGGUGCUAGAUUUAGUCCUGGGUUGA